AUGAACGGCAUCACGCGCAACGCGACGCUCGCGGCGCGCAAGCAGCUAUCCGCAGCAAGCUUCGUCUGCCGCACCUGCCGUCAACAUCGGCAGCGCCGGCCGUACUCGAGCAACGUCGUCCCGCCGCCGCCCGCUCCGCCCACCGCCGGCUACGCGGCCCUCCCGUCGCGCCGUCUCAUCUCCGUCGCCGGCCCCGACGCCGCCAAGUUCUUGCAAGGCGUCAUCACACGCAACAUCGCGUCCAAGGAGGCCCGCGAGCGACAGACGGGCUUCUACGCCGCCUUCCUCAACGCCACCGGCCGCGUGCUGCACGACGUUUUCAUCUACCCGGACAUCGCCGGUCUCGGCGGCGCCGCGGCGGCCGAGUCCGAGCAGGCCGGCACCCGGUUCCUGAUCGAGGUCGACGCCAACGAGGCCGAGAGGCUGGCGAAGCACAUCAAGCGGUACAAGCUGCGGGCCAAGCUCAACGUGCGGCUGCUCGCGGCAGACGAGGCGACCGUGUGGCACGCCUGGGACGACGGUGGGAAGCCCAUCACGACGGACGCCGCGCUGCUGAGCACCGUCACCAAGGACCCGAGAACGCCCGGUUUGGGAUACCGCUUGCUGCAGGGCAGGGACACGCCGCCGCCCCUGGACCUCGACGCGACGACCGAGGACAGCUACACGAUCAGGCGGUACAUGCAGGGCGUCGCCGAGGGCCAGGACGAGAUCAUCCGGGAGCACGCUCUGCCGCAGGAGACGAAUAUGGACUACAUGGACGGAAUCGACUAUCACAAGGGCUGCUACGUGGGACAGGAGCUCACGAUCCGGACGAAGCACCGCGGAGUGGUGCGUAAGAGGAUACUGCCCUGCAUGGUGUACGAAAUGGAUAGGGCCGUCCCGCAGACGCUGCAGUACCGGCCGGAGCAUGAUGCGGACCACGGCCCCGAGGGCCUGCCCGCAGAGACGAUACCGCGGGAGACGAGCAUUGGCAGGUCGGGGAAAAGGGGCAGAAGCGCGGGCAAGUGGCUCAAGGGUGUCGGAAACGUCGGCCUGGGGCUCUGCCGUCUGGAGAUCAUGACGGACAUUGUCCUCCCUGGCGAGACGGCCGCUUCGACCUUUGACCCGGCCGACGAGUUCAUGUUGCAGUGGGGCGAGGAGGACAAGAAUAACACUGUCAAGAUCAAGGCAUUCGUGCCAGAGUGGUUGAGAAACGGGUUGGCAUCUGCACGGUAG